AUGGGCGAGACAAGUAAGGCAGGACGUGUUUAUGAGCGUGGAAAAGCAAUUGGUCAUGAUUUAAGACAGAAAAUAAUCCAAGAUAUUGUUGAAAAGGGAGGAGACUUUGUUACAGGGUUCUUUGACGGAAAUUUUAAAGAAAUUGCCCUCAUGAACCGAAUAAAAUACGACACCGUUAGAAAGAUUUGGAAACAGUUCUGCGAAACUGGUAACAUUCGUUUCGAAAGUCGAGCAAGUGGCAGUAAACAUCUACAACAGGACGAUAUCGACUUCAUACGAUUUCUGAAGACCCACCGUCCAUCUAUGAGCACAGGUGAACUUUACAAACAUUUAAAUGAGUUCGGUAACGUUGUUGGUGGAACAAGUUACUCAGGAGUAAGACGAGCUCUAAAAUAUCACAUGGACGAUGGCGAAUGGAGUUGGAAGAGACUCACAUAUUCCGUUCAAGAAAAGUUUACUGCCGCCAACCUGACCUAUUGUCAAGAAUUUGUAAAUUAUGUCCACACGAUUGAUCCUCACAGAUUGAAGUAUUUUGAUGAAUCAGGAAUUAAACUUCCAGAUGUUGGGAGGCCGAAUUAUGGCCACUCGCUAAUAGGAACUCCAGCCGUUGAGAUUUCUCGAAACAUGCAUUCGCCUAAUAUUACACUUAACUUGAUGUGCGGAUUGGAUGGUAUUAUUUAUGCGAACACCGUAGAUGGUGCAAGCAAUCAUUUAAGUUUCCUUAAUUUCUUUGAAGAAUCUGCAAAUGUAUUUCUUCCCGAUGGAAGACCACCUUACACGUACGGUGACCAUGUGAUAAUGGACAACGCAGCAAUUCAUCAUUAUCGAGCGGGCCAAGCACUGGGAGAAUGGUUGGACGACAUAGGAUGUGUUCUUUUGUAUUUACCGACAUAUUCGCCAGAAUUUAACCCAGCUGAAAACGUAUUUAAUAAGCUGAAAACAAUUCUAAGGCGAUUUGAGUACAGAGAACUGUUGCGGGACAGUCUUCAUGUGGCUGUACACCAAGCUCUACAAGAAAUUGAUAUGAAUGAUAUGAGAGGAUUUUUUAAGUUCACUGGAUACAUUAAUGUUUAA